AUGGCGUACGACGGCGGAUAUGCGCCGCAGCAACAGCAGCGCCCCUACAAUGGACCAGCAGCUCCACGACCGCCGCCACAAAGACAAUACCCGGGAGGUCCUGCACCAAAUGGACCUGGUGGACCUGGCGGACCUGGCGGCCCUGGUGGCGGCCAAUACGGCGGAUACGGUGGCGACGGAGGCUAUGGCGGCGACUACAGCGGCGGUUAUGACGAUCCGGGCUACGGUUACGACGCACCACAGGACUACGGCGGUCCAGGCCGUGGCGGUCGUCCACCCAUGGGCGCAGGGAGGGGCGGUCCUCCGCCCAGACAGAUGACAAUGGACAAUGGUGGCGCUCGGGGCCAGUAUCCUCCACGAGGCGGUGGACCUGGCCCUGGGCCUGGCCCCAUGAGAGGGGGCUACCAGAACGGACCACCACGUCUCCGCCCAGGGCCACCAGAACGUGGAAACACGUCGGACCCGCUGAUGAAUCGCGGUCGCAAUGGCCCGCCAGCGAGCCCAAUAGACGCUGGUUUUGGCGGCAAUGCCUUCCCGCCUUUCCCAGGCCAGCAAGGAAAGCCGGAUCGCUACGACGAGCAGCAAAUCAUGGACGGCAUUUCUGGCAUGGAUAUCUCCGGUAACCGACAAGGCCCGCCACCGGGCGGUCCUAACGGCCGUGGGCCACCACCGAUGCGCGGUCCAAUGGGUGACCCGCGUGGCGGCGGUCCUGGUUACGGUCCUCCUCGGGGUCCACCUCAACGAUCAUACACGCAGCAGGGUGGGGGAUUUGGUGACCCAGGAUACGGCCAGCCGCCCCCGAGAGACUUCCGCGAUGACAACUUUGGGCCACCAAGUCGUACAAUGACGAUGCCUACAUCCAUGGAUCCUAUGGGCGGGCGCGGUCCUCCGGGCGGUGGACCGUACCGUCCAUUCAAUGGUCCUGGGCCAGGACCGAGCGGCGGUGGACCGGGCAUGAUGCCACCUCAGCGGCCAUCGACCGCUCAAGGCUCUCGCCCGCCGCUGCAAAGAAUGUAUCCUGAUGGUGGUGGCAACCCAGGCUUCGCCAAUGGCCAUCCUGGUCCUAACCAAGGCUACAAUCAGCCGCCACCGGAGGAGCGCGCACGGCCAUCAUCCUUUGACGAUUUCUACGAUACUUACUACGACUCCCGGGAAAGCGGUGACUAUGCCGGUGGGGCUAUUGGCCCGAAUGGUCCCGACGAACCACAGCACCGGCCACAAGGCUCUUUUGAUCGGGGUGCCUAUCCGAAUGAUGGCCCUGGUCCUCAGCGAGGCGCAAACCGGGUCCCUGAGAUUAAUAGAACAAAGUCUCAGCCCGACCUACGCCAAUCUCAAGAAGCCGUUUUUGAAAUGGUCGGUGACAUUCCGCCCAUGCCGACACCUGGAUCCGGCGGCCACCAACAGCAAGGGGGCCCGCCGUCUGGCCCCGGCCCGGUAAGACGAGGAAGCGGCGCAUCAGCCCGAUCUGGUUCCAACGGCGACUCUCUUCCUGCACACCCCACACCGGUCCGCCCUGGUCUUAUCCCCAACUCGGUUGCAAGCCAGCAACUCAGCAACCGACCAAUGCCUGUGCGCAAUUACAACGGCGGUGGUGGGGGUGGGCCCAUGGGGUCGAUGUCGUCGACACCUGUGCAGAACCAGCCCAUGCCACAACCGCCGCCGCCCACCAUGCAAGCUAUGCAGGCCAUGCCGCCAUCAUCCAACGGUCCAUUGGCCAACGAACCACCACCGCCGGAACCGCCCGUCACGCCGGAGCUGCUCGAGCGAUUGCGGAACGCGGUAAAGGCCGACCCCAGCAACCAAGAAGCUUCCCUGAAGCUGGCCAAAAAGCUUGUAGAGGCGGUCGAUGAGCUUGUGCCGACACUGCCUGACCCGCGCACGCGAACCAAGGCCCGCGAGCGGUACGCCUUUGACGCGCACAAGCUGCUGAAAAAGCUGACCAGCCAGCAAAACGCAGACGCCAUGUUCUUCAUGGCCGAUUGCCUGGGCCGUGGCACGUUUGGUCAGGAGCCAGACAACAAGGAUGCCUUUACACUGUACCAGUCGGCGGCGAAACUGGGCCACGCGGCGGCGGCCUACCGCACGGCUGUGUGUUGCGAGAUUGGCAACGAAGAGGGCGGCGGUACGCGCAAGGACCCGCUCAAGGCCAUCCAAUGGUACAAACGCGCGGCGACGCUCGGUGACACGCCUGCUAUGUACAAGGUUGGCAUGAUCUUGCUCAAGGGACUGCUGGGUCAACCGCGGAACCCGCGCGAAGCCGUUGGCUGGCUUAAGAGGGCAGCCGAGCGCGCGGAUCCGGAGAACCCGCAUGCCUUGCACGAGCUGGGCCUGCUUUAUGAGAGCGCACAGCCCAACGACGUCAUUCUGCGGGACGAGGCGUACGCGUUCCAGCUGUUCAAGCAGGCGGCCGACCUGGGGUACAAGUUCAGCCAGUUCCGCAUGGGGUGCGCGUACGAAUACGGCCUGAUGGGAUGUCCCGUCGACGGCCGCCUGUCGAUUAUGUGGUACUCCAAGUCGGCGACGCAGGAGGAGCACCAGUCGGAGCUGGCGCUGAGCGGCUGGUACCUGACGGGCUCGGACGGUGUGCUGCAGCAGAGCGAUACAGAGGCAUACUUGUGGGCGCGCAAGGCGGCGAUGGCGGGCCUGGCCAAAGCCGAGUAUGCUAUGGGGUACUUUACCGAGGUGGGCAUUGGAAUUCCAGCGAACCUGGAAGAUGCUAAGCGGUGGUAUUGGCGAGCGGCUGCACAGGAUUUCCCAAAGGCUCGCGAGCGGCUGGAAGACCUCAAGCGGUCCGGUAAGACGGGUCCCCGGCAGCGGGAGCGGAUAUCACGCAGCAAAAUUGGCCGGCAGCAGGAGGGUGAGUGUCUAGUGAUGUAG